AUGGCGCAUCCGAUGUACCGCACGCUGUUUGGCCAGUCCGAUCUUGAAGUCAUGCCAAGUACCCUGCCUGGCAUACAAUUCUCCGUGAAGCGAGAUUAUGCUGGGUAUGCCGUUCACCUUGACAUUCGACCCUCGUCGGAUGCACUUCAUCCUAACAGUAAAGAUCUUCUGGUUCGAGCAGUCAAGGAUGGUCGCACCUUGGAUCUGGUCCCAACCCGGAUUCUGGAGGGAGAAUUUCCUGUGGAUGUUACCACAGACUUCGUUCAUUGGUACGAUGCCCAAGAGGACUGUGUUGAAUUCCGCCCGGUUGGGGAACCUUGGAACUCCUCUUUAGACAACUGGAGGUUGACCCGAGAGCCAGGUCAGGAUCGGUGGCGUCUGAUGAAGGGUGGUCGCUCCUUAGUUAGCCUCCACAGCAAGACUUCCAGGACGGUCGGUGCGCCGCCAAUUCGUCAAUUCGCCUCCCCAGCCCUGCAGGCCAAGGUCCUCCCUGAGAUCCUGUCGGGGCAGAAACGCAUCUCCCUCGCGAUCACGGAACCCAGUGCGGGUUCCGACGUCCGCAAUUUGACCACCACGGCCGAGAAAACCGCUGACGGGAAGCACUACAUCGUCAACGGCGAGAAGAAGUGGAUCACCAACGGCAUGUUCAGCGACUACUUCAGCACGGCUGUGCGGACGGGUGCACCCGGCUCGGGUGCCGCGGGGCUGAGUUUCCUCCUCAUCGACCGCCAUUUACCGGGCAUUCAGUGCCGCAAGAUUGAGAUCGGGGCCGGCAAGUUAAGCUCCACCACGUACAUUACGUUCGAAGACGUCAAAGUGCCGGCCGACAUGCUGAUUGGGGAAGAGGGCGGCGGGUUCAAGUUUAUCAUGUCCAACUUCAAUCACGAGAGGUUGUGGAUUACGUUCCAGGCCCUCCGCGGGGCGCGCAUCUGCCUGGAAGAUGCGUUCACGUGGGCGCAGAAGAGGGAUGUCUUUGGUGGGAAGCUGAUCGAGCAGCCUGUUGUGCGGCAUAAAUUGGGAUUGUGCGGGAAGAAGGUCGAGGCCCUGCAGGCGUGGGUCGAACAGAUCGUAUAUGAGCUGGACCAUCUCAGUGAGAAAGAGGGGAACAGGCUCCUAGGCGGGACGACGGCUUUGCUUAAAGUCGAGGCGGGCAUGGUAGCCAAGUACGUGGCGGAUGAAUGUGUGAAGAUCAUGGGCGGGCUCGGUCUUACGAAGAGCGGUCAGGGCGCGCGAAUCGAAGCCAUUUCACGCAGUGUGAUUGCAUUGAUCGUCCCCGGCGGUUCUGAAGAUGUCAUGAUUGACCUGGGGGUGCGAGAGGCUUUGAAGCUGAGCAAGCUUCGAUCCGGAGCCCGCGCGUCGCGACUCUGA